CUGGAUAUUUGCUUGUUCGUUCCAUCAGACGCUCAACUUCCACUCACCACCAAUUCUGGAGGCAUAGUGUCUUUCAAUACACCCCUGGUCCUGUCUGCCUUUCCUCCACCUCCAAUCAAGAAUGGUGAUUGACGCCAGAUGACCUUCAGGCCAAUGCGCAAGCUGCCUCCCACCACCACUGCUGCUGGCUUUCCUGCAAGAUGUGGUCUUGUCAAUCGCCAAAUCACUGGCAACUUUGUCCAGCAGAGACAUAGGGCUACAUCAGCUAGCAGUAACAUCUACCCACGCCAGGUCCUCACAAAGAGACACCUUGCUCAAGUGAGACCAGAACCGAUUUCCGAACUUUGGUUCACCUCGUCCUCCCCACGUCUCGGCCCCGCAGAUGAUUUGCUUGGAAAUACAGAAGGCCCUGUCGGGAAUGGAAAUAAUGACCACAAACCUCCUGAUGAGAGGUUGAUCAAGCUAGGCAAGACCCUACGAACGUUGUCGCCGCUUCUUCCUAAUAUCUUGACAUCUCCUCUACCACAAGAAAUUCUGUCACCGGCCAUUUCUCUACAUCUAUUCCCUUCGACGCACCCACAUCUUCCUGCAGUCAAGGGAAGAGUCGCGUAUCGAGCGGCCCUUUGGACCGCACCUGUGGCAUGGGGAUGUGUGCCUAUUGUCGGCAAUGUCAAGCUUCAAAUACUCUCAGAAAAGAUUGUCCGAACUGGCUAUGCAUACGCUGUUCCUGCCGAGGCAGUCGAUGAGUCCGACUUGAGUGAGGAGAAACUCGUUGUUCGGUGGAAAACUGAGCCGAAAGCCAGUGGAAAUGGCACCGGCCCUCAACCGCCUUCAGAGUCUACGGCAAGCGCCAGAUCUUCGUCCUCUACCACUCAGAUCAACAGUGGGCUAUCAAAACUCUUAGGUGGCGACUCUCCUAUCCUCAAUAUCAAUAAAUCCGACAGCUUCUCUGGAUUGUUCAUCUUCACGUUCGACUCACGCGGACGCAUUGCGAGCCACACCAUCGAGCACGCAGAUGAAAGCAACGGGUUUGACAAAACCAAUAAGGUGGUAACGUUGACAGAUUGGUUAUUAGGAAAGGCGAGAUGGGGGAACAAGGAAAAGGACCAGGAUCUCGUUCCAGGCCUCGCCAUGAGGGUCUGUCGAGAGGAGUGGAAUAUUUCGAGGGGGUUGUCCAGGAAAGGAGGCGAAUGCGGACAAUGAUCACGAGUUGAUGAACGAAACAAACACCACUGUAGCGAUACCCUCCUCUCACAACUAAUGUACUCUACUAUAUUACCAGAUAUCUCUGACUCAGGAUAGCCUAUUACCAUUUCCUUCCGUCCUAGUUGACCGUCGCCGCACCGUGGGUGGGUAUUUUGGGCAGUAUUGUUAUACGCGACGAUUCUAGGAACUGUCAAGUGCAAUAGCUAUGCACGCAAUCAUACGUGAUACGGC